AAUCGUAUGAAAUACUUUCGUCUUUACAUAGUUGAAUGCGCUGACAACAAAAUCACACAAAAAUGAUCAAUGGAAAUCAAAUUUAUCAACCCACGGAGGUCUGGAUAUGGAGUCACACUCAAAAUCAAAGGGGAAAGCCACACUACAGGCGGAUCCAACUAUGAUGUAAUGUCCUUAAAACAAGUCACAAUGAGGCUCAGUAGUGUGUGUGGCCUCCACGUGCCCGUAGGACCUCCCUACAAUGACCGGGCAUGCUCCUGAUGAGGUGGCAGAUGGUCUCCUGAGGGAUGUCCUCCCAGACCUGGACUAAAGCAUCCGCCAACUCCUGGACAGUCUGUGGUGCAACGUGGCGUUGGUGGAUGGAGCGAGACAUGAUGUCCCAGAUGUGCUCAAUCGAAUUCAGACACCUCAACUACUGACACAGAAGAAGAACCAGCAGCACCGCCAGAUGGAGUAAUGUUUAGAGAUGGCUAUAUAUUUAAUGAAGAUGACAUCUUUGCUAGAAAAGCUGAUUCACUAAUAAAAUACAGUGCAGAAGUCAUGAAAGCAUGCAACACCAGUGAGUGCCGCAACUACACAUACUGUUUCAGAGUGGACCACGACCAGAUAUGCCUUAAUAUAGGGCUCUUUAACUCAACAUACUUUGAAGAAUUGGAAAAGCCUGAAGCUUUGAAACUGCAUGCGCCUGUUACGAAUGGAUAUAUAUUUGAUAGAGAUGAAACCUUCUUUAAAAAAGCGUAUUCACUGUUACGAUACAGUCUUGAUGUUAUGGAGGAAUGCACCACCAAAGAAUGCCGUUCCUACACCUAUUGUACCAAUGUGGGUGAUGACAUUGUCUGUUUGACUAUAAGGCUCAACACCUCAACUACUGACACAGAAGAAGAACCAGCAGCACCGCCAGAUGGAGUAAUGUUUAGAGAUGGCUAUAUAUUUAAUGAAGAUGACAUCUUUGCUAGAAAAGCUGAUUCACUAAUAAAAUACAGUGCAGAAGUCAUGAAAGCAUGCAACACCAGUGAGUGCCGCAACUACACAUACUGUUUCAGAGUGGACCACGACCAGAUAUGCCUUAAUAUAGGGCUCUUUAACUCAACAUACUUUGAAGAAUUGGAAAAGCCUGAAGCUUUGAAACUGCAUGCGCCUGUUACGAAUGGAUAUAUAUUUGAUAGAGAUGAAACCUUCUUUAAAAAAGCGGAUUCACUGUUACGGUAUAGUCUUGAUGUUAUGGAGGAAUGCACCACCAAAGAAUGCCGUUCCUACACCUAUUGUACCAAUGUGGGUGAUGACAUUGUCUGUUUGACUAUAAGGCUCAGCAAAAAUUCUGACCUUUUACAAGAAUUGGAGGAGGAAGAUCCCCACGAAGCUGAAAAUUCUGUCGCUUUAGAUGUAGGGUAUAUAUUUGAUGAUGAUGAAACCUUUGCUGAAAAAUCUGAAGAUUUGUUGCACUACAGUGCCAGCGUAAUGAGCACGUGUACCACAAGCAGCUGCCGCCACUAUACAUUUUGUACUAGAGUGGGCUCCGACAUUCUUUGCUUGAAUAUAUGGCUUACAAGUAUAGAUGACCUCCAACCUGAGGAAGAACUUGAUACUUUUGAUGAUGAUGAUAAUGAUGAUGAACCAAAUAAUGAUCAAGAACUAGAUGAUGAGGACAUUCUUGAUAGUGAGCAAAAAGACAACAAUGAACUAACAGAAGAAAAAUACACUGAAGAGGAGUCAGAGAAAGAAUCAAAAGAAAGUGAAGAAGAAGAGGAGAAGCAAAGCGAUGAUUCGGCAGAAGAGAAAGUAGAAGAUACUCCGCUUGCUUGAAAUAAAUGUGUUGUGUCCUAGUUGAUAGUUGCUUUCUACUGGACCAUGUAUCAUUAUUUACUAAACACUUUAUUGCGGUGUCUUAUUCCACCAGAGGUUCUUAUGUAGUUUAAACUCCACAAACACAGUAGCAAGCGAUAGAGGUAGAUUGGCCAAAUGGAAAUGUUUCACACAUUGCCACAAACAUUUAGGAAUUUCAAGUGAGGUUUCCUACUGUAGUCUAUUGUCUGCUUAGUUAUUUGUUGUAGUUGAGGUGAAGAACAUACUAACUAGUCUAACAAUUUCAAAAAGUGUUUUAAAUUUUAGGACAUGGAUUGAGUUCUAGCAUAAAAAAGACAUGACGUGUCUACCCAACAAUAUAUUCAAAGCAAUGUGUGGCCUAGCUACACAAUAGCAAACAAAGAUUGGCAAGUAAAGACAAAAAUAGGAUGUCAAUAUGAAAACAGCAAUACACAGAAUAACUAAUAAAAAUGC